ACACGCACAACCGAUCCGCCGGAUUGCCAACAAAAAACAACUACAAAACGUUAUUUAACCAUAAAACCUAGUGCUAAACGUUUGUACAGAGAUAAAGGAAGAUUUUAGUGUUCAUUGUGACGGGCUACCGCGAGCAGGGAGGCGUGAAACGGUACCAUUAACGUGAAGUUGAGUCAGUAAUCACAAAGCGCGAGUAAUGUGAACAGAACGAGCUGUGGUGCUUGUUAACAUAAACUGUUAAACUGUCCCGGAUGAGAGCACCGAUGAACCCGGCCUGCAUCGAGCUAUGACCGCAUCGGAACGAGGACAGCACGUCGUCUACAGAAUAUGAGAACGCGCGGUGCAAUGGCGGUGCGGUGAUGGCGGAUGGCGGCGCGGAGGCGGGCGCGGGCGAGUGCGCGGCGCGCGGUGCGGCCCUCGAGCGCGCUUACGUGCACGAUGUGUACGAGCAGGCGGGCGAGGACGACGCACCGUGCGCGCCCGCGCCCGCCGUGCGCUCCUUCCUCAGCGACCUCGAGCCUGGCAGCCUCGUGUGCGACGUCGGAUGCGGAAAUGGGAAAUACCUGAGCGUGAAUCCGUCUGUUUUCGCGGUAGGCGGAGACCGUUGCACGAGACUUGCGGCGCAGGCGCAGCAGAACAACAAUGAGGUGGUGGUGUGCGACAACCUUAGUUUACCAUUCCGCGAUGAAUCCUUCGAUGCGGUGCUCUCGAUCGCCGUUGUCCACCACUUCGCCACCGUGGAGCGACGAGCGAUGGCUCUACGGGAACUGGCCAGGAUAACCCGGAUCGGUGGCCGAUUACUGUUGACAGUUUGGGCUAUGGAGCACGAGGGAAGAAACUUCCAUUCACAGGACGUGUUAAUACCCUGGCAUCGCCCGGCAACAUUAUGUCCCCCUCCGCCAGCACCACGGUUCUUAUCUGUUGAAUAUGACCACUGUGCUGAACCAUGGAAAAAUCAUGAUGGUUCCCCUGGGUCAUCAUCAUUGUCAUCGCCCAACGAAACGUGUUACUCAUUUGUAAGACGUGCUCUACAGCGAUUGGCAGGACGCCGCUCUUUCCUACCCUCUUGGGGAAUAAGCACCAGGGUAAUACAAAGGCCUUGUCAACGUCCUGAACCUGCAGCAGCAGAUCUACCCAUAGAACUGAGGCGCUUAGACGAAGUAUUACCACCUCGAUUAGUUUCACAACCCUCUGAGACUUCAACAAUGAAAUCACGGAGCCUCACCGAUAUCACUGAUAUAGAACGCCGUGCAUUGGUCAGAUCAAGAUCUAGCCUACCAAGUUUGGGUGGUGAAGAAAACGAACCAGCUGUAAUAGAGCAGCCUGUCCAGCCAGUCAUAGAACCACGGAAGAAACCAAGGCUGGUCAAGCAAAAGAAGUCAAUAAACGAGGACGAUGCUGACGAAGACCUCGAUAAACAUACAGAUAUGAAGAGUAUGGUUGAGGAAAUGCCAAAUUUUAAAAUUCACACGCAAAAGCUGCAUUCAAGAAAGCCUGGUGUAUUUAAACAAACAUCCCUUAACGAAGAAUUAAUGUCAGUUGAAAGGUUAAGAGAAAAAGAGCGUCUCCGUAAAAAUAUACAAAAACAAGCAUCGCUUAACGAAGAGUAUUUGUACCGACGACCCGGAGCACUUGAUUCAAUACGUGAUUCAAUAUUCUCCACAUCAGCAACGACCGCAAAAAAAUUCCAAUCCCUUAAAAAUGGCCUUACAAAUAAGUUCAAAACUUCAACAACGAAUAUAGAUAAAGUGACAGUGUUCGUGAGAAUGCUCCAAGGCUGGAAAAAUCACGGACCUGUGCCAGAAGUUCCUACACCAAGUGAUAGUAAUACAAACAGUGACAAAAGUUAUCCUGAAAGACGACAUUCUAGAGAGGAUGGCUCAGAUUCUUCUAAGGAUAGUAGUCUUCAAAGUGAUACAAGUGUAGAUUCAGAAGAUAGUUUUGCGUCUGUAAUUUAUGUUCCCAAAGCAGACGGUUCAAGUGAUCCGUUAUCUCCAACACCUUUAUCGCCAGGGCCUACUUCACCCCGACUCAAAGUGUCUUCGGUUCCAACUUCACCAAGAAUGAAGAACUCGCCAGGGUUACCAUCUCCGAGGAUUAAGCAAACAUUCCCACUUAUAAGACCUCCAGGUUCACCUAAUGCUGUUCAAGCACCCGGAACUGUCCACAAUAAAAUUUUAGUAGCACAAUAUAGCUUAAAGAAUUAUACGACUACAAAUAAUGUAUGCAUUUCUCCAGUGAAACCGCAGUCAAAAAGCCAACCUAAUUCACCUCCAAAACCAGAACCAGAAGUAAACAUUAUUAAUACAGAAAUUCCACCUAUAGUAAACAAGCCUCCUCCCAUAGAAAUAUUUGAAGAAAUCGAUCCAAUACCUCCUAUAAAAGAAGAAGAAGAAUCACCUAGCGAAGUAACGAAGGGAUUGCUUGCCGAGAUCAAUAAAGACAUAGAAGAAAUUCAUAAAUUAACUGCGGAAACUGAUGAUUUGAAACCCCGUGUAUUACAAGAUGUUAAACCAUAUCCAAAGAUAACAUUGCAAACAGUUGCGGAGCUACCAGAGAUACCUCAAUUUAAACCCAAAGCACCAAGUAAGUCACCUACAAAAGAUACGUUAGAUUCAAGAUCUGCAGAUAAAAAAAGAAAAGAAAGAAUACGACAAAUAAAAGAAAUGUUGAAUAAAGGCAUUCCACCAGUAAGCAUUAGUCGCAGACAACAGUUCCCUAUAGUGCGAAGUACCAGCAAAACUGAGCCUAUAACUAAAAACCAUCCAAAACUUAUGUCUUUAGAAUUAUUUAACCCAGCUAUAGAUGAUAUGGAUAGUGACUCAAGUGGUGUAUCCUCACCAGAUUCUGUAGACAGCGUCAUAAGUGUUGUUCCUGAUGAGCUUCGUAAAAUAGCUUUGGAAAAAGAUCUACCAAAUCCACCAAUCGUGGAAGUUCAAAACACAGACAAUUCACAUACCAACGACAAACAAGCACCCACUAUAAAUACUCCUCAAAAAUUAAUCGAGGCAGUUGCUGAGGUAGCGCAUUCCUUGGACGAGACGUGUGAAACUGUAAUUCAAUCAAGCCCAAGGUCUAAAAGGCGACAUUUCGAUAAAUUAGAAAGUGCUGAAGCUAUCGCAAUUGUACAAGGUGCUUCCAGUAGCAGUAGUAGUAGCAACUGGAGUUUGAAUAAGUUAUCACCAGGUGAUUUAAGAAUAUUGGAAGACAGAUCGAGAUCUCAGUCUCAUACAAGUUCCAGUGGAAGUUCCUCUAGUUUAGAGCGUCUCUCACCAGGAAGGCGAUCAAAAGAUCGCUCUCCUAAACUGGGUAGCACGAGUAAUUCCACUUGGAGUUUAAAUAGAUUAUCUCCCAACAGACCCGAAGGGCGAUCUUUGGAUGAAAAUUUAAGCAAAAGUCAUAGAAGCCCAACAAGACAUCCAUAUGAUUCACUAUCAAUAUCAAGCACAGAUUCUGAAAAAUCUAUAUCAAAAUCGGAAAGCUUUAAUAGGAUACAAAAUGAACCAUUAGUGACGUGUAAGUCAGAUAUGAUGUCCAAAGAAGAAGAAUGGAUUUCAGAUCAACAAGAACGCAGUCAACACUUGACGGAAUUUGCUGAAAAGCUGAGUGAAAAAUUGUUGCAAGAAAUAGAUCAAUAUUCCAAACGCAUCAACGAAGAGGACUUUGAUCUUCCUAGUAGUAGUAGUAGCGAAAAGAGUAUAUCUCUUAGAUUAAAACGCGAAGAAGAAGAUAGGCAUACCCAGAAAAUAUUAGAUGAACUUUCGAAUAGUUUACAACAUCUUGAAGAUCCGUACAACAAACUAAAUUUAGAAUCUCACUUAACCGGUAAAUUAACAGGUGAUAAGGUAAAAUACAUCACGUCAAUUCAGGAUACCCAAGAAUCUGAUAUAAAUAAACUGUUUCCAAAAUGUAGCACGAAGACAAAAAGCAAAAAGAGAUCAAAAGAUGUUGAUCCAAUCAUAAACAAAUACAGAGAACUCAAAAAAACAAUGAAGGUAACCAGUGAUGAAGAUAUUUAUCUCAAUAAUUGUGCCAAUAUUCAAUACAACGUGAAACCCCUUACAGAUGAAAAAUUACCCGAUAUUGACAUGAAAAAUCCUGACGACGAUAGCGCUAUUUCAUCGAGCAAUGGAAAUCCUGAAAUCACGAUUGAAUCUGGUACUUAUGAUACAAGUCAAUCACUCGAAACUGGAUACUCUCUAGAAUCAGAAAUCAGUGUUGACUCGCUGUGCACAAGCACUGAUAAACGAUCUUCAUUAAAAGUUGGACAAUCAACUGACUCGAGUGAUUUAGAUAAGAUGGAAAUAAGUCCAGAAUCAGUGACCUCGCGAUCGAGUACUAGUACUGCGCCACUGAAAUCAGGAUUUUCUAUAGAAUCCAGUGACACUUCAGCAGGCAGUGAUUGGAGUCGCCGCGAUAAAACCGGUAGUACGGCAUCACUUGGCUGCGUAAGUCUUGCUUCUUUGCCAUCGUGUAGCGAGUGUUCGAAAGAGAGGAAGCUUCUGGAUACUCGCUCGUCUUCUGAAGAUACGGCAACUGUUCCUGCAGCAACAGCACGUGCGCUUCCUCAUGCACCUCUGUUGCCGUCAUUAAGCGACGGUUCCGACAGCUUGCCAUCCGAAGGAGGCGCUGUCACAUACCACAGAUAUUACCACGUCUUCAAGAAAGGUGAACUGGACCAGUUGAUAGAGAAAUACGUGGAGAGUCUCCACGUAGUUUCUUCAUAUUACGACCAAGCCAGCUGGUGUGUUAUAGCCGAAAAAGUUCAAGUGUGGACUAUUUAA